ACGGAAGCUGAGCAUCGUGGCUGAGAGUGUGAGGGAGUGGGACGACUGGCACCUGGACGACCUCCUCACCACACUCAUCACUCAGCUGGAGGUGAGCCCCGAGGACUUCAUGCGCCGUCUGGGGCGGGAGUACGUGAGGGAGUGUAGGAGACAGCACGGGAAGGCUCUGGGCAGCCUCGGGUACAACCUGGAGGGCUUCCUCACCAACAUGACGGGGAUAUGUGACAUCAUCAAGACCAACUCUAAUCUCAAGACCAAGAACGACGUCCCGAGCCUCGUCUGUAACCGCCAAGAUGGGAAAGUCCAGCUUCAUUUCUUCACCAACCGCGAGCCAAUAAGGUAUUUCGUGGGUGGAGUGAUCGAGGGAGUGAGUCUUCAAGUCUUCUCCAGGAGCGUGUCGGUGGCUUGCGACAAGUGUGACACUCCUAAUGGCAACCGCUCAGCGCACAGGUUCUACUUUAAGUACACAGUCGAGGACAACUGCGUCGAGGCCGCAAGAGAGCGAGUGUCCAACGACGCUUCGCUCAGUGGCCAGGAGCCCUCGACGCCCACCCGCGUGUCGUCCAGCCUGAAGGAUUCCAAGAUUGGUGUGAGCAGUUUCUGCAAGGCGUUUCCAUGGCACUUCGUGUGCAACAAGUCCAUGAAGAUAACCCAGAUCGGCACGGGACUACUGCAGGUGUUUGGCCAACAGCCGCUCCGUCAGAACGAGGAGGUGUCGACGUGCUUCUCGCUGGUGUUCCCUGAAGGGAUGAGUCUGACGUACGACCAGGUGCUCGGCAGGAUCAACACGCCCUACGUCCUCUCCAUCAAGUACCAGCAGUCGUCUCGCCUCAAGAUGAAGAACAUGGAGUUGAAAGGACAAAUGGUGGUGUGUCCUGAGAGCGACUCCCUCCUGUUCGUCGGGUCGCCCCUUAUUGACGGGUUGACAGCGCUCACCUCCCGCGGGCUCUACCUCUCAGAUAUCCCCAUCCAUGACGCCACCAGGGACGUCAUCUUGGUGGGGGAGCAGUCAAGGGCCCAGGUGAGUGGUAGGGUGGAUAUAUAG